CAGAAAUUGUUUUACAAUCUGUUUGUCUUUUGAGAAAAGAUGGAGCAUAUUGAACUGGUUGCAAAAUUUUUAUUGGUUAUAAUCACUGUUGCUUUCUUCUGGAAGCUUAUAACUCACAUGUGGAGCUUCUUGGAUGUGGAGAAGGAUCCUGUGAUAGUAUUGGUUACUGGGGCUACAGGGCAAAUAGGCUAUGCUCUCGUUCCGAUGAUUGCUAGAGGCGCCAUGCUUGGUCCUGAUCAGCCUGUAAUUCUGCAUAUGCUUGAUAUUGCACCUGCAGCUGAGUCCUUGAAUGGGGUGAAAAUGGAAUUGAUUGAUGCAGCCUUCCCUCUUCUCAAAGGUGUUGUGGCUACAACAGAUGUUGAGGAAGCUUGUGAGGGUGUCAACAUUGCUGUUAUGGUUGGUGGAUUCCCAAGGAAGGAAGGUAUGGAAAGAAAGGAUGUGAUGUCCAAAAAUGUAUGCAUCUACAAGGCUCAGGCUUCAGCGUUGGAAAAACAUGCUGCUCCAGAUGUGAAGGUUCUGGUUAUUGCCAACCCAGCAAACACCAAUGCACUCAUCUUGAAAGAAUUUGCCCCUAAAAUCCCAGAGAAGAACAUCACCUGUCUUACACGGCUUGAUCAUAACCGAGCAUUGGGGCAAAUCUCUGAGAAGCUAAAUGUUCAUGUUGGUGAUGUGAAGAAUGUCAUCAUCUGGGGAAAUCACUCUUCAACUCAGUAUCCUGAUGUCAAUCAUGCAACUGUUGGAGGCAAACCUGUCAGAGAGGCUGUGGGGGAUGAUCAAUGGUUGAACACCAAGUUCAUCAACAUUGUUCAGCAGCGUGGCGCGGCCAUUAUUAGGGCUCGGAAACUAUCAAGUGCUUUGUCUGCUGCAAGUUCUGCUUGUGAUCACAUACGUGAUUGGGUUAUUGGGACUCCUAAGGGGACACAUGUUUCCAUGGGUGUGUAUUCUGAUGGUUCUUAUGGAAUCCAGAAAGGACUCAUUUACUCUUUCCCUGUUACCUGUGAGAAAGGGGAAUGGAAAAUUGUGCAGGGACUCAAGAUUGACGAGUUCUCAAGGACAAAGAUGGAUGCAACUGCACAAGAGCUCAUUGAGGAGAAAUCGUUGGCUUACCAAUGCCUCAAGUGAUAAUGAACUUCCUUUCCUUCAGAUAAUAAUAGGAAGUUUAGGAACUUAAUAAUCCAUCAAAGAAUGGAAGAACACAAAUUGUUGUCCUUGUAGGCAAGGCAUAUGGUUUGUUAUCCUAAGUUGAUCAGUUCUUGGGCUGAAUACAAAUGGCGCCCGAGGAAAAUUUUAUAUUAGUUGAAGUUGAUCUGAUUGAUUUUUUACUUUUUGUAUUGAGAACUUAGUUUUCUUCCUUGUAAUACCCUGAAUUUUUUGGUUCAAAUUGU